AUGGGCGUCCAGAUCAACAUGGCGGUUGAUACUACCAGCAUCGGACUACCAAGCCUCGAGAAAUUCUCUCGCCCGUUUUGUGUUAGCCGUGGCGACGACCUCAGUGCCAUCCCAAUUGAAUCGGUGGUCGCACUCGAGUGCGUGAGCAAAGACGAGGGACAGAGGGUCUCGCCGACGGACAGCCAGUUUGUGUUCAUUAAUACGGGUGCCCAGGCUUCGACCUGUAUGACCAACAUACACGCAAGAGCAAUUUGAGCAGGGGAUGCGAUAAAUUACGUUUGUUUGUUGCUCUUUGGGGAGGGGAUCCGUGAUUCGAGAUAGCGCCGCGCGUAGGGAGGAUGCUGGUUUGUGGGCGAUGCGAAUACCAGAGCGAUUUAACUGCCGGGCAAUUACUUCGGACGCUCCUUGCAUAUAAGGCAGGGAGAAGAAUUGUCGAGACAUAGUUUCCCCGUUGAGGGUGGGAGCCUGCGGUUGUGCCUGGUGUCUGAGGCAGUUCUUUACGAAACUUGUCAGAUAUCCGUUGGAUCGAAACAACCGAUACAAGUAGGCAAGCUCUUUCUUAAGGAGAUCGUCGCUGUUGCAAUAACGAUAGGCCCGGUGGAACAGAGUUCGAACGCAGCUCCUUUUGUGAGCUGCGGGGUGGUUGCUUCAAUAAUUGAGGAUAAUUUCGGAAUUAGAUCCUUUCCUUUGGACGCUCGUCGCGAGAUUACCAUCGCUCAGCCUUUGUAUUUUCACAUCAAGAAACGGCAGGCUGUCCCCUAUUGCCUCUUCACGAGUAAACUGUAUGGCCGGGAAGACGUCAUUCAGCCUCUGAUGCAGCCGUUCAACUUCGCAGUUCUUUAUCACGACAAAGGUAUCGUCUACAUAGCGAAGCCACACUUUGGGGCUGAGAUCUUGGAGGUUUUCCACCUUUUGUCGUCUGGCUCGCUGUAUUGUGUAUCUGCCCCUUUGUAUAGUAUGCGUACACAGCUGCGUUUGUGGGACAACGGGUGCUUGCUGCGGUAGCUCAGGAUUUGGCGCUUAUUGACGGCCUUCCUAUACACCGUUGUUUGCAGGUGCCCAUAUUGUUUCCGCUGAACUAGUACGUCGAGGAACGGUAGUUCGUCGUUGCUUUCGACCUCCAUUGUUAACUGAAAAUAUCUCUUUGUGCCCGCAGCUCUCUAGCUCGUUUAUCGAUGAUUUGUUGUAAUAGCGUGACGCCGUCUUCGCUGAUGACGUCGGUGCACUUUUCGACCUCUAGGAGUAAAACCCCUUUGUGUUUGCGUAAUCGAAGUUGGCAGUCUUGGAGGAUUGCCCGAAUCAUUCGUCUGUGAUGAGGUAGCAAAGUGCACUGACGUCAUCGGCGAAGACUGCGUCACGCUAUUACAACAAAUCAUUGAUAAACGAGCAAGAGAGCUGCGGGCACAAAGAGAUGAUGAGCUGGCCGCUAAGCUUCGAAGUAUAAGCCAUUCAUCUCGGGGAGAAGACGAAAUCGUUGUCCACAAUAUGUCCUCUAAGUAGGUGACUCCUUCACAUUUGAAAGUGCUAAGUCAUGAAGCUUGCUUCAACGCCGCUGACGCCGAUGCGGUCAAUCUCGUGGCCACGGUCGAGUCGAUCCUUAAGCAAACCGGAGAACCGGACGAGAAAACACAUCUCAUCCGGCAACAAGCUACCUGCUUGGUGAUGGCGCACAAGCCACGUGCAAUUAUUACCAAAGCGGAGCAGACCGAUUUCAAGGCACUCAGGAAUGACACCAGCAUUGUAAUACUACCGUCAGGCAAAGGACGUUCCACGGUAGUGCUGGAUAAGACUGACUACGUUCAGAAGGCCAACGCUCUGCUGGAGAACCGACAGGCGUACGUCCCGUGUGGUGAGGAAUCGAUAAAAACGUUAGUGACGCAACUAGAGAAAACGCUCGCAGACAUGCAAUCAAACAAAGCAAUAAGCAAAUCGGUACGGCUGACCAUUAAGCCAACAGAUGCAGCCCCAGCACUUUUCUUUGGCCUACCGAAGGUACACAAACCCGGUCUCCCUCUCCGACCAAACGUUUCAUUGCGUGACACACCUACAUAUAACCUGGCAAAAUGGCUAUUCCGCAAACUGAGGUCUCUCACCUCGAACGCAGCCACGACCGUCUGUUCAGCGGCUCAGUUCUUAGAACGGCUCAAAGGCAUCCGACUGAGCGAAAACGAGGUCAUGGUGUCAUUCGAUGUCACCGCUCUCUUCACUUCGAUCCCGCAAUGCCUAGCAGUCCAAACGCUUAGCGAACUGCUCGAAUGCAAGUACGAAGAGACAGACAAAAUUGUAAAACGGACGCAUCACAUUCAACAGCUGAAAUUCUGCCUGAAGACUUUCUUUUCCUUCGUAGGGAGGGCGUACGCACAGAACAAGGGGACGCCGAUGGGAUCACUGCUUUCAGGCUUCAUCGCAAAAGUAGUCCUCCAAAGGGUAGAGACCGAAGUCUUCGAGACCUACAGGCCAAAAUUUUGGACCCGAUUUGUCGGUGAUACCCUUGUCCUCAUCAAGGGCGAAAUGGCUGAAACAUUUCACAAUGUACUGAGUUCAGUGUCGCCUGAUAUUCAGUUCACGAUGGAGGCCGAAAGCAGGUCGAACUACCGUUCAUCGACGUACUAGUUCACCGGAAACCAUAUGGACAUCUGAAAACAAUGGUGUAUACGAAAACCGCCAAUACGCGCCAAAUCCUGAGCUACCACAGCAUGCACCCGUUGUCCCAUAAACGGCGCUGUGUACGCACACUAUACAAAAGCGCAGAUACACACUACAGCGAGCCAGAAGUCCAAAGGUCGAAACUACGCUACCUACAACGCCUCUUUAUGGAAAACGGGUUCGUAAAGAAGAUUGCCAGACUAAGACAUGAAAUAAGGUCCGUUCGAACACGUGCAAUGACGGCCAGCACCCAAACGCUGGCCACCGACGAGAUAUUAACCCACUGAAAGGAGACUAUCAACAUCUAUAUAUACUGUGAGUCGUGGUAGAACACUCACCUCCGAUGAUGAAAGCUUGUUUGCUUUAGAAACGUCAGGGCAAUACAACUAUGGUUCCCGAGAUCGUCUUUUCUUCUCUUUUAUGUCUGGGGACGCGCAUCUUAGCUUCUGUCAGCAAUACAUAUAUAUAUAUAUAUAUAGGCAGAAUAACAUUACCGACAAAGACAAGGGAGACUGGAAUGGCCAUUUCUGGCUUAUUAGCCGUCGUCAGCCAGCCACACCCAAGCCCGAAGUGUGGAACACCCGAGCCUCAAACUCGCGACCUGUUGGUUUAGAAGUCAACGCCUCUACUCACCGGGCCACGAGCCCGUUGCCUUGUCGGUUUUCGAUCGGGAAUAUACAGUGGUAGGGGGCGCUCACCGAUCGUUCAUACGGAACUCACUCGUUCCGUUGUGCCUUAAGAGCUCUCUCUCGAGCCCAACCAGCAGCCGCACAGCGGUGCAUGAUACAUAGGCAGAAUAACAUUACUGACAAAGACAAGGGAGACUGGAAUGGCCAUUUCUGGCUUAUUAGCCGUCGUCAGCCAGCCACACCCAAGCCCGAAGUGUGGAACACCCGAGCCUCGAACUCGCGACCUGUUGGUUUAGAAGACAACGCCUCUAUUCAGAAUGAUAUUCUGCCUAUGUAUCAUGCGCCGCUGUGCGGCUGCUGGUUGGGCUCGAGAGAGAGCUCUUAAGGCACAACGGAACGAGUGAGACAGCGUCGGCUACCUCGAAAGAAAAGGUGUCGUCUACAAAAUCCCGUGUUCUAGUUGUGAUGCCGUUUAUUGUGGACAAACUGAGAAAUCUCUCUCAACCCGUAUACAUGAGCAUCAGUUAGCGGUGAAGAGACGCGACCAUCUAUCCCAGGUGGCCAUGCACACACUAGACACUGGGCAUAAAUUCGCAUGGGAGAACACUCGAAUUGUUGGCGCCUGCCUAACAAGAAAAGGCCGCGAAGUCCUGGAGGCAAUGCACUCAGAUAAGGCGUGCAUCAACCGGCAUAUCGAUUUAGAUGCCGCAUACAAAAUCAUUAAGGACAGAUUCAAACUGAGUCAGCCAAUCCCGAGAUGACAACAUUAACCAAUCAUGCACACCUUUUGCUAGACUCAGUCUAAAAGUUAAUUGUUUUUGCACGCCCGUUGUCUGAAGACGAGCUGGGGAACCAGUCUCGAAAAUUCACAAUAAAAUUUUGCUGUUUCCCAAAAAAAUUCACCUUUCUAAAUAUAUACUAUAUAUAUUUAUAAAUCAAUAUCAAAUUUUCUGGCAUGUUUACAUUUAAACCGUGUUUCACACUUGCUACACAUCUGACGACGAGCGUGGGGACCAGAUCCGACAUUUUUUCAGUUUCCAAUAACGUUCAUUUUAAUGCUUAUUAUGUUUGUUCGAAAUUUUAUAUUGCAGUAUAUAUAUGACCCCGAAAAUACAACGUUUAGAGCAGGUUCGUUAAACCUAAUUGAGGAGCUCAUCUGCUAGAAUAGGUAUUCCCGAUCACAACCGACCGGGCACCGCGCCCGUGGUUCAGUGAUAGAUAGUCAGACUUCGGGACGAAAUAUCGUUGUUUCAACUCUCAAUCAAUCCGCACUUGGAUUUAAUUAUAAUUACGGCUAAUAGGCCAGAAAUGACCAUUCGGGUCUGCUUUGUCUUUGUCGGUAGUAUUUCAUUUACUUAGACUAGUAGUCACUGUGCGUGUGCCUGUGAGUGUUCUAGUAUCGGCCUAAAGGCACAUCGAAAGAAGCACGUUCGGAAGAAUGAGUCCUUUUGGAAAAUGAACAAACUUUAUUUCGUAAAUUUUCGAGUCUGGAUGCCCAGCUGGUCUUCAGACGUGUAGUAAGUGUGAAGAAACAGUCAAAAUUUAAACACGCCCAAAAAAUCGAUAUUGCUUUGUCAGGGCUGAGAAUGCGUUGAUGCUGUGGGCUGAUGUCACGUCUUGAUUGGCUAUUACCUUUUCCAUUUUUCCGUGAGAUUUGUGUAAAUGGCGUCAAGAUCGAUGUAUCGAUUGAUGCAUGAAUCAUCAGAGUAAAAAGCCUCUAGGAAUUCUCGGCCUUUCUUCUGUGGGCAGGAACCGACAAUGCGUUUUAUAUCCCAAGCGAAUUUGUGUCCAGUUUCAAAAGUAUGCAUGGCGACUUGGGAUAAGUGUGUGUAGAGGCGGAUUUUCCGGUUUGACCACAAUACACUGCAUUACAAGUGCCACGUGCAUUCUUAUAAACUACUUCUUUUUUGAUUGAAAUGGCCAACGCUAUUCUUAGGGUGUACGAGCUGAUUGCGUAGCGUUGUAGUCGGUUUGUGAGCCACUUGUAUUUGGUGCUACCUCAGGUGUCUUUUAACGAGUUCAGACACAUUUUUAAUGUAGGGAAGUGUUCGCCAAUGUUUUAGUUUUGGCGUCUGAACGGAACAAUCUGGUUCCUUCUCUCAUUGUUUUGAUUCCUGCUGUUUCAUGCAUGGGCGUACAAAAUCUCUAGGGGAGCCAUUUUGGGAGAAUAGGUUGAACAGAUAAUUGAGUUCUUCUUUAUACCCUUCGUUCUCAGAGCAAUGUGUCUUUGCUCGAUUAAGUAGGGUGUUAACAGCACUCCAGUUGUGAGCCAUAGGGUGGUUGCUUUCGUAAUGUGGGAUAACUUCCGCUUAAGUUUCUGUUACGGCUCUUACUUGUCCCUUAAUGCUUUUCUGCAUAUAUAUCUGCGUAUUUCACUCUGUCCCAAAGGAUCUGUUUUGCGUUUACUGUAAAUGCUAUAUAAUAAAUUACCACCUCCCGGUUUGGAAUGUACUCCGUACAGUAUUUCCUCAUCAGGAAUAAUUAUUGCUCCGUGUACGAUCUCUGUGACAUUAACAAUUUAGAACCUCCAUGCAUAUACAGUAUACAUCAAAAGCGGGCUUUGAUAAUUGUUUUUGACAUUUAAUUCUUGAGCCUCUAUGUUACAGCAGAAAAUGUAAAAUGUUUGUUAAAAUUAACUGACCUAAUUGAUGUUGUAAUGUUAUUCAUCUCUAUUAUUUGCAUAUAAAGACGUAUCUCUUAAUAACCCCCUACUCUUUUCUAGAUUCAAACAACCUCAAUGCUGGUGAGAUUGCAGGCGUAGUUAUAGCAAUUCUGAUCGUCCUCCUCCUCAUCAUUUUAGUCAUCGUAGGUAUCAGCCGAAGAAGUAAAAAGUGAGCGGUCUAUUGAAAUUUAUAACAUUUGAAGUUUGCAGCCUUUCUUUAUUUUCUGUCGAUAAUGGCAGGCUUUUUACAUUUUCUACAGUAAAAAUGUUAUUAAGAAGGAUAAGUAGACCGCAUGAGAGUUAAAAUAUAUAGCACUUUUCCUUUACAAUACUAAUGAGCGUUGUGCGAAACUAUUUUUUAGUGAAUGGAAUACAGACGCCUUCGAUUUGAGGUGAGGACCGGUCCAUUUUUUGUAUUUUUAUUUCUGGGGUUCGUUUAAAGUACUUGGACGUCACAGCCUUUCCUUGCCCUUAUUGCACGCAGUCAGUGCACACUGGUGUUUACUUAAUGUUUUUGCUUAUUCCGGUCUCCCUUUGCGGAGUCUUAAUUUUUCUCCAAUUAAAUACGUUGCAGAUCAGAAUACGACCCACUAGAGGUUUGUUUUAUAAGCCAUUCUUUGCUAUAUCCAAAUGCCUAGAUUUUAAAAGCAACAAUGCUCUCUAAACAAAAUUCCUCUUUCUUUGUUAACGCUAUAUAAAUUUAAACAUGUAACUGUAAGCCCUUUUCAAAUACGUCCACUAAUGAGACUUUAAAUUUUUACAGAUAACAAUUAACUUAUAUUUCUGCUUUUUAGGACUGAACAAUUCUUCCCACUUCACUAACUACGGACACCGUACAUUGUUUAUGAUUAUUACUAGAUCUUUUCAAGAGGCUGUCUUUAUUAUUUAGAGUACAGAGGCGUCAAUGCGUCGCAUCACGUCAGCAUAAUAAAUAGGAAUUUGAUAUUUUAAUAUUUACUGCGUCGAAGGAUCUACGCUGCCUAGAAAUAAGGAUUUUCCAAAUGGGCAUCAAGUUGAGUACGCAAAGUUUAUUUUAGGGUUUCUGGAUAAAAUCUGAAGUAGGUGACUCAAAAUUAUGUCUUCUUCUUAAGGAGAUUAUGCGAUUUAUUAAAGACUUGCAGCUGACAAGACAACAGCGACGAAAGAAAUGGUCAAGAAUAUGUUUAAUUUAAAACAAAGGCUGUAAUAUUUGGGGGAGCCCCGUAUGUAUUACCUUAACCUUUAAAUACAUGCGAAGCUGAUAAAACAAACAACGAUGGAGAACGAUGUUAAACACACAUUUUUCCAAAUUCGCAAACUCAAAUUUAGUUACCUGACAUUCGUGCUGUGGCCCGUCGGAUAUCGCCAUCUUUAAAAACUGGAAUUUGCGGCUAAAACAGAAUUAGGCAAACUGACUUUUUUCUAAAAGUACAAGCGAAAGGCCGUAAAUGUAAAUCCCCGACUUGCAGAGUAUCAAGAUACACUUGCAUUUUUACUUUUUAAGAUCUGUCUGGAACAAGUGGUGUAAAGUCGCCUGUUCGUGUUUGGACAUAUUAAGCUCUUGCCUCAAUGUCAGUGUUUUUAAUGGCCAUUCUAGAUUUAGGCAAAGGUCAUUUAAAACACAAUCAUCUUUAAUUUGCAAGCAUGACCUUAUUAAACAUUGCGACAUCUACCCGUUAUCUUCAGUCAGAUCUUACGUAAAACUCGUUUCGUUGGUAUGCUGGCUAUGCAAUUUGUGAACUUAAGCACAAGGCGAUUGACUCUGUGGUAGUGUUAAUCGAUGAAACACUUACGAACUAUAAUCGGUAUGUCACACAGUUUUUGCUGUGGUAAACAAUCUAACGAUUUGUAAGAUUGUAUUGAUGUGGGAGCUUGAUUAAUGCGCAGGUUCUCCAGAAGGAGGGAGACCAUUGUCUGACAACGACUGUAGUUGAAUCUGUUCCGUAACUAAGUUGAUGUACUUUCCAAUAGAUCAGAUUUUGUAUUUUUUGCCCAGGUUUGUGCCAUUUAAAUCACGGACACAUGAAUCGCUAAAUAAAUUUCUUAUGCAUUUUAUGGUGGACCCAUCUAAAAACCUGUUACCAAGUCAAAGGCGACACAUUUAUUUGCUGUUGUUUAUGUUCGGAUAUGCAGGCCACCGAUUCUUAAAAUAGAUUUUACGGAGUCCUCAAACAUCAUGCCGCAAUCAUUUCACGGCUGUCUACUAGACAGUAAUCAAGUUAAACAGAUUAAUAGUCCUUGGACUCACCAUGUGACAAAUGCUAGAAUGCAAACUGCAGUAAUUGUUCUGUCCCAUGGAAUGUCGACUAAAAUUCGGAAAUGGGUUUGCUAUUUAAAAGGCUGCAAAACUUGGGUAAUGGGAUUAAAUGUUGCAAUGAAUAAUAAUCUGUUAUUUAAAAAGGUCGCGAUACUUUUACCGGUAACCUACAAAAACCACUGGCCGCUAAGAGGACCCAAUCAUUAUAAAUUGUCGCACCGAAAUUAUUUACGCUGUUUAAUUCUCGCAUAUUUUUAGAUAAUACUCUGGGCACACUUGUUGGCGAAUUGCGCGUUUUUCCCAAUUUUAUUCUAAAAGAUAGUAUACUCUUAGUUUUUGUAAGUUGUUUUAAGCUCUGUAUAAUUCUCCCUGUUCUGCAGUUGCACCUGCGCAUUGAGUUUACAGACUAAAUUUUGUUUGAUUUCCGCUAGACUAUUAGGCAUUCGCACUAUAGGGCUCACAAAAUGCUGCAUUAGAUGGGCAUUAUGCGUCGUAUAUCAAAAUCACCAAUAAAAACGCAAAACUGCAAUGCUCAGUGGAUGGACAUUCCAUGGUCUUAGAAAAGUGUUCUGAUCAUAGUCUUUCUGGGUAAAAUUUGAAAAGUACGUAUUUUGCUACCUAAUAUAUACACGUUUCCUUUAAGAUAUAUUUGGACAAAAAAUGCCCUGGGAAUUUUAAUUCGAAUGAUAAAUAUUAAGCAAAUAUUUAUUUAAUGUCGUGCGUGAUUUAUAGACAUUCGAAAUAUAAGCCUAUUCAAAAGCCAGCCUCCUGUUGCGGCAGAUAUAUUUGUGGUUAUUUUAAAAAUAAUUAAAUUUGCCAUUAAACAUACGUAGACUUUUCUAAUCUACAAACAUUUCAUGUGGUAGGUUGCGUACUGUUUUUGUUCCUUAUUGGUCCUGCCCCUAGAAGUUUUUGUUUUAAUGUGUUUCCUUAAAUAUUUUCAUAGAUUCGACAAAAGAAAUCCUUUGGGUAUGAUAACAAAAUUCAUUUCGUGAAAUUUCAACGCUGGUUCCUCAAGUCUUCGUUAAACGUGUAGAAAGUGUGAAAAACGGUUAAGAAUUUUUAUGAUCGAAAAAUCGAUAUGGCUUUGUCAGUGCCUAGGAUAUGUUGAUGCUGUGGGCUGACGUCACGUUUUGUCUGUCUUUCACGUUUUCCAUUUUCCCAUGAGAUAAGUGUACGCGACGUUUAGAUCAAUGAGCCGAUUGGUGUAUUGAUCAUCAAAAUAAAUGUCCCCUGGUAAUUCUCGGCCUUUCUUCGCCAUUUAAUGGACCCGGCGAUCCUGCGUGAAAAUUUACAAGAUAAAUUGUGUUCGAUUUCCCUGUGGACUCAUUUUUACUCGAAUUAUGUUCCAUGGAAUGCCCAUUUUCUUAUAUAUAUAUAUAUAUAUAUAUAUUGCUAAUAAUAAUAUAUAUAUAUGAUAAAAUAAGGCGAUCGCAGGAACCUAAGGUAUAUUUGCCUGACGUUUCGGAAACAAACAAACUUCCAUCAUCGGAGGUGGUUUGCCUACUGCACGUCACAGUAUUUAAGGGUUUUGGUCUUCGUGCUGGCGUGUCAUUGACUGCCUGCGCGAUGCAUCUCAAGGCUUGGCGAUUUGUUGUCAUGGCGGCAACGGUUCCUCCUCAUCCUUUUUCGGGUGUGAAAAGGGGGGCGGCAUCAGGGCCACCGCGGCCAUUGCUCUUAUUUGCAUUGUCCGCUUUCUGCCCUCCGCGCAUCUCGCCUUCCUGCCCUGUUCGCACCCGCCCGUACCCGCCCGUACCCGCGUGGACGGUGGUUACCAUGAUAGUAUUGACGUCGGGUUGGGGGUUCCUGUAAUUGUCGUGGGAUCUCGGCUCGCCGCCUCGUUCACAUCUGACCGUAAGCGUGUUGAUGGCGGUUGUCCUGCAAAUGUUGACGUCGGACUGGGGGGUCUUGUCACUGUCGGGCGGUCUCACCACGGGCUGGCGUCUGUCUGUGUUCGGACCCAGAAGGCGGUCUCCUGGGUUUGUGUUCGUCGCCGGUUGUCCCCUGAUUUCGUCGGUUCCCGAUUCCUAUCUAUGCCAGUCUGUGUUCCCGCUGGGUUUAGGUUCGACUGCUGCCGUCUCUGGCCUGACGCCUCGUCGAUAGUCCUUCAUAUUGAAUUUCGCCGUAGGGCUUGGCAGGCGGCCGACAAAGUUACGCAGUGGUUGAUCGAAGUAGUUGUGGUGUGCCAGUCUUCGAGCUUCUCCCUGACCGUUUGAUCGCUCCCUUGGCCCAAAAGUUCGGCGUCUUGGAAGGCGAAGUCAUGGUCAAAAGCUGCGCAAUGUUCCGCAACCAGCGCGACCGCACCGCUCUUGCGUGCUCGUCCAUGCGGGUCUGCAAUCUUUUCCCAGUACCCCCGACGUAGUUGGCUUCAUAGGGACUACACGGAACUACACCAAGUUAAAGUGCUUCAACAUGAAUCCAGUUACAACGCAGGAGACGCAAAGCCAGUGGACUUCAUCGCUGCACUAGAAGCGACACUCUCAAAAAAGGAUACCACUAAGGACUCAAAGAACGCGAUUCGCCAACGAGUCGCGUCCCUCAUCAUAUCCCGCAGAUCUCACCGAACCAUUCCCCUGCAGAGGUAAUGCCCAUCAAGGAACUAAAGAGGGACGAAGAAAUUGUCAUUGUUCCAGCAGACAAAGGGCGGGCAACCGUAGUGCUAGACAAGUCGGAGUAGGUUGCCAAAGCGCAGCAACUACUAAAUGACAACCAAUCGUAUAUAGUCAUCGACUCCGACCCCAUGAAAGCACUGGUAGGCCAAAUCAACAAGAGCCUGAACCAGAUGAGGAACGAAAAGGCAAUAUCAGAAAAGGAUUGGAGACAAAUGAGGCCACAAGAUGCUGCCUUAGCGCACCUUUAUGGUUUGCCAAAAAUCCACAAGCCAAAUGUUCCCCAACGGCCCAUUGUGUUGCUGAAAGGCACGCCUACAUACGGACUGGCUAAAUGGCUUACCAAGCAUUUGAAGAAGCUGACGGACGGCUCAGAACACACAGAUGUAUCGUCAACACACUUCCUGGAAAGACUAAAAUGCGUCACAAUAGCCCCCGACGAAAUAAUGGUAUCUUUUGACGUCGUCUCUCUAUUCACCUCCAUCCCUAAAGAAUUGGCCAUGAGAGCUGUCGAUGACCUACUGAAGAAAAGGUACGACGAAGAAGGAAAACCUUUUAAGAGGAGGCACGCGAUGGAACUACUGGACUACUGUUUACACACGUACUUCACGUUUAACGGCCAAAUUUACGAGCAAAUCCAAGGAGCCCCAAUGGGGUCCCAAAUCUCCAGCUACCUGGCUGAGGCGGUCUUGCAGGAACUGGAAACUCGGGUCUUCCAGACAUACAAGCCGAAAUUCUGGAUGCGCUACGUAGACGACAACUUUGUCAUCUUACACUGAGACGCGACAGACAACUUUAAAAGAGAAUUGGACUCUGUUUUUCCACAAAUUCAAAUUGCCAUAGAUGAAGAAAAUAACGGAGUGCUCCCUUUCCUCGACAUCCAGGUUUCGAGGCAGGAAGACGGAACCCUCCAGACUGGUGUCUUUCGAAAGGCGACAGACACGGAGAAAAUUCGUCAUUACAACAGCAAUCACUUCCUGUCGCAUAAGCGCAGUUGUGUCCGGACGCUUUUUCGCCGCAUCCACACACACUGCAGCACAGAAUCCGAAAGGGCGCCUCUUCCUUGCCAAUGGAUAUCUGCGCAGUUUUGUGAACAAAUGCUUGUACCGAAGGCACACUAAGACGGACAGUGAGAAGAAACAAAGACUAAAAAUCUUUCGUGUCUUGCCCUACGUGAGAAGACACACGGCAGUAGGGAAAUUUCGCAUGAGGGAAGAUUGGUGCCGUUGGUAUUAAGGACGCCGCUUUCAAUCACAAUGUGUUGAUCAACAUUCAUAUGUGUAAGUGUGCUAUUUCGGUCUAGUGAGACACUAAAUAUGUCUCCAGCGUAAAGCACAGGCGAGACAGCUCAUUCAUUUAAAAAUGUUGUAAUCUAAUCAGAGCACGAGUCUACGUUUGUUUGUUUGAGAAAAGUGGGGAUGGUGUAAGAUAGAUAAAUCUAUAAUAAGCACAUAUUCUGUAGGAAUAUUUUUUGAACCUUCGAUUUUCUCCCAGGUCUAGUUACCAGCGCACGCUAAGAAGUAGAAUAGACUUUCCGAAGACCACAUAACAGCCGAUCUCCGUUGUCUUCGGUGGGUGUACACACCCAACGGAUAUUUCACCGUUGUUUAUAAACAGUCAAGGUUAUCGGUUCGAAGAUUUGGUGAGAGCUGCCGUCUAUUGAAGACGUAUCCGACGCAGGCGCUUCUUUCUUACAACCAGUUGGAAUUGGCGUCGCCCACAUAUCCGAGCCGACAAUAAAGCGUCUGUUAAUGAAAUCCAAUGAAUUCCUGUCGGAAGGCGAAACGACCAGUGCUGUCUUUCAUGCCUAACGCAGUUCUCGUAGCACAAACGACAUUGAGGAAACCGGCAAAUGACAUUAUAGCCGUCUGAGCAAAUUGGAAACGCAGGGGGUAGGAUGCAUAAGCACCAGCUGGUAGCAGAAGAUGUGCAGCAUGGACCUUUCAAAGAACGCCAAAAUCGUCGACCGAGAUAACAACCAAGUAAUAAGACAGACAUUGGAAGCAUGAGUCACGGUACCAAAUGCUAUCAACCGCUGCUCCAGCUGUCCGUCGUCUUACUGGGCCUAGAGCUACUAGACUAAAAACAACAAAAGGGGCUGGCGCGGUGGGGUCGCACCUAGGCGUGUCGACAUACCCGGCUGGGAUUACACGGAGUGGGGUUGCCAUAAAUGGCACAUUAAGAAGAGGCCAUGGAAGCCUGACUCUUAGACAAGCCAAGGGCCGUUCCAAACAAAUGCAGAACACUCGGUCCAAGUUAUCCUCUGAAAUAGCAACCUUUCAAGCCACGGCUUUUAGCGCGCCGUGGUAGCUUCAAGCGCAUCAGAUUGUUUAAUGUAAGGAAUAUGCGCCGAGCCGUCGACGUAACUCUCCCUUGCCGUGACUGACAUAUUGAGCAACCUUGUCUGCGCGCGCCACGUGCAUGAACUGGUCCCACAAACACAUGCGCUAAAGUUUAACAUGGUGUGGUUAGGCGGCGUGCAUCUCGCAUGCGGGAUAAAGGCGUAGGCCAGGUUAAGAAAGAGCCUUUUCGGUCUGGCUUUCAACCCACCAGUCCACCACUCCACACAAACCCCCACACACAUAUUCCGAUGCAUACGCUCACACUGUGUGUACUGAUUUGGGGGCGUCUGGCAUCAGCCAUCCAAGUCACCGCGUUUGACGCACUGUGAUUGUCACGUGGUUAAAUCACGCAUGUGACAGACGAACCUGCAUGGAGACGGCGCAAGAGAUGCACAUCUCCCACUUGCGUGGGAGGCAGCAAUUGGAUGCUUUCAGUGGACGGUGCGGCUGCUAGUCGGAGAGAGCCCAUAAAGCACAAUGGAAGGAGUGAGUUCCGUAAGAACGAUCGGUGAGCGCCCCCUCUACCAAUUGUAUGUCCCAUGUGCAACGAACAUUGUAAAAGCGCUGACAGGCGCGACUAAUGCUACGUUGUUGACCUUGGAGAACCCAGGUGCGAUAACACCGACUGAAAGACGCACGGCGAGACCCAAAGAUACGACUUUGGCCCGAUUCUAUGGCCUCCCUAAUGUGCACAAAGAGGUCGCUUCUCUUCGACCCAUCGUGUCGCUCAAAGGCAUUCUAAGGUACGGAUUAGAUAAGGGAAUAUUCCGGCGUCUCAAAUUUUUGACAGCUGAUCCGGACACCACGGUCUGCUUAUCAACCCAUUUAUUUCAGUAGCCUGACGAUGUAAGUCUCUUGCCACACGACGUCAUGGUAUCUUUUGAUGUCUUGUCCCCUUAUACUUUUCUACCCCAGGAUCUGGCAAUCGAGACCGUAGAGCUACUCGUACAAGGCAAAUACCGUGACAAGGAGAAUUGUGAUGGGUAGGCCCAAGUCCUUCAGCACCUGAAGUUCUGUCAGAGAACGUACCUUUAACUUCGACGGGGCAAUUUGCGAACGGGUGAAGGGCACACCAAUGCCUUCGCCGAUUUUGGGAUUCAUCUCCGAGGCGACCCUGGAACGGUUAGGGUCGCUGGUCUUCCAGCACCACAGACCGAAGUUCUGGGACCUGUGUGUGGAUGAUACCUUCGUCUUUAUCGACCGGAACCAAUUGGUGACAUUCAAGGAACCUCUGAAUACGGUCUUCCUGGAAUAG